AAUGAUGAGAAAUACUAUAACUGUCAUAAAUAUUCAAAAUAAUUUAUCUGCUCUUGUCUUGAUCUUUGUACGAUUAUACAUACCUGCAAUCUAAAUUCUUAAAAAUGUUUAACCCUUAAAUAUUAUAUGAGAUGUUCCGUUGAAAAUAUCUUUUGUUUCUCAAUAAAGUACCACAAAAGAAACGUUCCAGCGUUUAUAACCUGAAUGUAUCUAACCUCUACAAGUUAUAGGUACUCAGUUGGACGAUAAAAUAUACGGAUUAAACAUGGUAUUCUACUUUACUAGCAGCGUAGUUGCUCCACCAGUAACAUUGUUCAUGGGUGCUGAUAAACAUGAAAAUGAAGACUUAAUUAAGUGGGGUUGGCCUGAAGAUGUUUGGUUUCAUGUGGAUAAAGUAUCAUCAGCCCAUGUUUAUCUGCGUCUAGCACCCGAUCAAACAAUAGAUGACAUCCCAAAUUCUGUUUUGGAUGAUGCAUGUCAAUUAGUAAAGGCCAAUUCUAUAAUGGGGAACAAAAUGAAUGACAUAGAUAUAGUGUAUACUAUGUGGUCAAACCUUAAAAAAACACCAAGUAUGGAUGUGGGUCAAGUAGCUUUUCAUAGAGAUAAAGAUGUAAGGAAAGUGAAAGUUGCUAAAAGAUCUAAUGAAAUUAUAAAUAGAUUACAAAAGACGAAGAGGGAAGCAUUUCCCGAUUUAAGACAGGAAAGAGAAAAUAGAGACAAGUCAGAGAGAGAGGACAAAAAGAAAUUGCUAAGGGAAAAGAAGGAAAAAGAAAAAGAAGAGGAAAAACGCAAAAAGGAAGAGCAAGAAUUAAGAAGUUAUGCAACCCUAAUGAGAACAGAGAAUAUGACUACUAACUAUGAUGGUAAUGACUCGGACGAGUUUAUGUAAAGUUGUUUAAUAUGUAUUAAAAAAUCUUUAAAUUACA